AUGCCGCUCAACACGAUUGGGAACGUGCCUCUCGAGUGGUACGACGGUUUCGAGCACGUGGGGUACGACCUCGAGGGGCGCAAGAUCAUGCGCGGCGCGCGGACGGACGAGCUCGACGCGCUCAUCAAGCGCUUCGACGACCCGGACGCCAACCGGACGAUCCACGACGCGCUGCACGGCGUCGACGUCGUCUUGUCGCAGGAGGACGUCGCGCUGAUCCGGAGGCUGCAGCGGCGGCGCUACCCGGGCGCGACCUUCGACCCGUACCCCGAGACGGUGCCCUUCGACUUCCCCGACGGCAAGGUCCACCCGCUCUCCUCUGCGCCGCCGCGCAAGGCCCCCUUCCUCCCCUCGAAGGACGAGGCGAAGAAGGUGAUGCGGCUCGUGAUGGCGAUGCGCUCCGAGCAGUACCAGAGGUCGGUCGCCAACCGGCGGCUGCAAGAGGCGAAGGAGCGGCCAGACUACCAGCAGCUCAUCUGGGACGAGCCGCCCGAGGGCGAGGAGUACCUCUUCACGCCGGAGGAGGCGAAGGCGUGGGAGAAGAUGGACCCGGCGGACCGGCCGCUUGGCUUCGUGCCGCAGGCCUACGACGCGAUGCGCAAGGUGCCGCAGUACGACGGCCUCAUCCGGGAGCGGUUCGAGCGCUGCCUCGACCUGUACCUCUGCCCGCGGGAGGCGAAGACGAGGCUCGACAUCGACCCAGACUCGCUCCUGCCGCAGCUGCCCUCCCCCGCCGAGCUGCGCCCCUUCCCGGAGCGCCUCUCCUCCCGCUUCGUCGGCCACGCCGGCCGCGUCCUCUCUGUCGAGACGGGCCGCUGCGAGCGGACGUGCAGCCUCGGCGCGGAGGUGCGGUCCGUGCGCUGGUGCCCAAACGGGGAGACGGCCGUCGCCGCCGCCGUGGUUGGCGUCAAGAUGCUGCUGCUGCUGCCGCUGCGCGAGCCGCUCCCCGCCGCGGUGCGCGGAGCCGCGCUGCUCGAGCCGGGCGGCGGCGAGGCCGGCGCCUCCUCCGAGCCGGCCGAGGGGGCCGUCGUGUGGAGUCGGCCGAGCGCGGAGCUGCAGUCGGAGGGGGUGGCGUGGGAGGUGUCGCACGUGCGGAGCGCCACGUCGGUGAGCUGGCACCACCGCGGCGACUACCUCGCCUCGGUCGCGCCCGAAGGGGCGUCGCGCGCCGUGCUGCUGCACCAGCUCUCGAGGCGAAAGUCCGGCUCUCCGUUUGCUAAGUCAAAGGGGCGGGUCGAGGCGGUCGCCUUCCACCCGAAGAAGCCGUGGCUGUGCGUCGCGACGCAGAGGCACGUGCGCAUCUACGACCUCGCCUCGCAGGAGCUGCACAAGAAGCUCAACCCGUCGGCAAAGUGGAUCUCGUCCCUCUCGGUCCACCCCGGAGGAGACAACUUGCUGCUCGGCUCGUACGACAAGCGGCUCUGCUGGUUCGACCUCGACCUCUCCGCCUCGCCGUACAAGACGCUCCGCUCGCACAGCCUCGCCAUCCGCUCGGUCGCCUUCCACCCGCGCCUGCCGCUCUUCGCCUCCGCCUCGGACGACGCUUCGGUCCACGUGUACCACGGGCGCGUCUACUCGGACCUGAUGAGCAACGCGCUCAUUGUGCCGCUCAAGAUCUUGAAGGGCCACGAGAUCGCAUCGCACCUCGGCGUCAUGGACAUCGCGUGGCACCCGACGCAGCCGUGGCUCUUCUCGGCCGGCGCCGAUGGCAGCAUCCUGCUUUACACGGGAUGA